AGCCUGCUGCCUUUUUUGUUUUCUUUUCAUUUUACCUUCUAUCUAUCUAUCCAUCAUAUCAUAUCAACACUUACUUAGUCUCAAGGGGCUUCAAAAGACCCCAUUCAGUCUUUGCAAUCAAACAACUGGAGCCAACCCUGUGUUUUUGAGUUUCAACUCAGACCACAUAGAAACACUGUGGAGCCCCAUUUUCAUCAUCUUUCCUUUGCCUUUGCCUUCUCCAUCCAUCUUAGAGAGAGAAAGACACCCACCCACAUAUACAUAUAGAGAGAGAAAGGGUGCAAGAGAUCUUAUAUAUUUAUAAUGCAGCAGCACCUGAUGCAGAUGCAGCCCAUGAUGGCAGCCUAUUAUCCCACCAACAACGUCACUACUGAUCAUAUUCAACAGGUUUCAAGUUCUUCCUCACUCAGAUGUUUUAACCUUGUAUAUUACUUGGAUGAAAACAAGUCUCUGAUCUUGAAGAUUGUUGAGAGCCAAAACUCUGGGAAAAUGGCUGAAUGUGCAGAACAUCAGGCCAAGCUUCAGAGAAACCUUAUGUACCUUGCUGCAAUUGCUGAUUCUCAACCUCAAGCACCUAGUCUUCACUCUCAGUAUCCUCAAGGUGGGAUGAUGCAGCAGCAGGCUGGGAGUCACUACAUGCAGCAGCACCAACAGGCACAACAGAUGUCACCACAAGCACUCAUGGCUGCACGCUCAUCCAUGAUGUACAGUCAGCAGCAGUACUCUUCACUACAGCAGCAAGCAAUGCAUAGCCAUCUGGGCAUGAGUUCUGGAACUGGAACCAGUGGACUUCACAUGCUGCAGACCGACAAUAAUAGCGCGGGUGUCAGUGGGACCCACCUAAGUGGUGGGUUCCCCGACUUUGGUCGUAAGCAAGAUAUUGGUCCCACCGGUGAGGGGCGGGGUGGUGGUAGCUCUGGCGGUGGAGACGGUGGCGAGACGCUCUACUUGAAGUCGCCUGAUAAAGGUAACUGAUCGUAUGUGAUGUUCUAUGUUAAGAAAUGAAUGGUUUACUUUGCUUGUUAUGAUGGAACUUAAUUUGUGGUAGCAUGUAGUUUUAAACGUUUAUGGAAGUAGAUGCUUUUAUUAUUAUUAUUGUUAUAUAUUUGAAUA